AUGGGAAAUUCUGAUGAAUCGACCGCCUGGGCAGAAGGUGACGCAGCCAUGGAGCUAGGGAGCCAUCCAGCACCACCUUUCAAGAACGCCGUGGUCUCGACUUGGCGUUUCUGGCUUCUUAGUGUUGGCGUAGGUUUAGGCCUCUUUUUGUCCAUGAUGGACUCGUCCGUCGUUGCAACCAGUCUCUACACGAUUGGAACCGAGUACCAAAGCCUCGACUCUGUCAACUGGGUUGCCCUCGCAUACACACUGGCAUAUCUUGGCUGCGCUGUUACUUUUGCUCGAUUCUCGGAUGUCAUGGGGAGGCGCAACUCUUUCACCAUCGCCUACGCCAUCUUCUUUGCCUUUUCUCUCGCAUGUGGCUUCUCCCAGAAUAUGCCUCAGCUGAUCAUUUUCCGCUCCAUUCAAGGGAUUGGAGGGUCCGGUUUAUACUCCCUCUCCAUGACCAUACUCCCUGAGAUGUGCCCCAUGCAUCUGCGUCAGUACAUCGGAAGCAUCAUCGGCCUUGUCAUUGCCGCGUCCGGGCUCUUGGGCCCUGUGCUAGGCGGUAUAUUAACCCACUAUGCCAGCUGGCGAUGGGUUUUUUGGAUAAAGUACGCGCCACACAGAUUAAACCUUAGCAUUGCCCUCGGACCCAUCGGGAUUGUGUCGAUAUCCAUCUUCCUCCUCACUUGGCCUAAACCCGGCCGGGUUCCGACCAACCAACGGGGCACCUGGAGGAAGUUCGACUAUCCCGGUUCGUUUCUGGUCAUCGCUGCCUCGGUGCUGGUUGUUUUCGCAUUUCAGAAUGCGGGCGAAUCCUUACAGCCGGUUUGGGGCGAUGCGGUGUUUAUAGCACCGCUCGGCGCCGGCGUGUUUGGGUGGGUGGCAUUGCUCGGAUGGGAAUACGCGGCAGAAACAAGGUUCCGCGGCCGCUUUUCGCCCGCCUUCCCUGUCAGUCUCUUUAAAAACAGGGCUUACAUGGCAGCCGCUGCGUCGACUCUCUUCCUCGGCUACCCCUACCUGCUCCUCAUCUACUCGUUUCCCCUGAGAGCACAGGUGGUCUGCGGAAAGAGCCCGCUCGGCGCCGGCGUCAUGCUGCUGCCGAUGCUCGGCACGUCGGCCGUGGGUAGCGCAGUCAGCGGCAAAAUCAACUCGAAGAAGAAUUUUCUUUGCGAGACAAUCUUCGUUGGGGCAUGUCUCAUGACGCUAGGCUGCGGGCUCCUGACUUCCGUUUCCACAGUUAGGGAUGAUACCAAGGCACUAGGCUUCCUUACUUUCGCAGGCCUAGGAUUCGGUCUAUCCACGGCGGCGGCGACGAUGCUUGUAAACGUGGAAGCUCCGGCUCACGACCAUGGUAAGGCCUCAAAGAUGGCGUCGUGUUCCGCAAUGCUUCGCCGCUGA